UUGUUCUGCUUCCCAUUUGCGCGGUAAACAAAGAUAAUUUUAAGUUAACGAUAUUUGAUAUGUGUGACGAAAUGACAGAAUCUGAUUUUUAUGCGAAAGGUAAAAGUUAUUGGGAAACUAUUCCGGCUACCAUAGAUGGAAUGCUAGGAGGACAUUCAAGUGUUUUAAAUGCAGAUAUCCGUGCUUCAUCGAGGUUUUUAGAAGAUUUUCUGGAAGACAAAAAACAACCUGUUGGGAAAGAACGAGCUCUUGAUUGUGGAAGUGGAAUAGGACGUGUUACAAAGCAUCUCCUUGCGAAAUUUUUUACAACUGUUGAUAUGGUGGAGCAAAAUAAGGAGUUUUUAGAUGCUUCUCAUGUUUACUUAGACCAAGAAAAUAAGAGAGUUUGUAAGAGAUUUAACUAUGGUUUACAAGAUUUUAUACCUGAUGAAAAACAUUAUGAUGUAAUAUGGUGUCAGUGGGUAACAGGACAUUUAACAGAUGAUGAUUUUGUAUCAUUUUUAAAAAGAUGUAAAAAUGGUUUGAAAGAUAAUGGUAUUAUAGUUAUAAAAGAUAACUUAUCAUCUGGAGAAAUAGAUACAGAUCAUGAAGAUGGAUCAGUCACUAGACCCAGAGAACUUCUUGUAAGCCUCUUUAAGAGAGCAAAUCUGACUUUACUUGCUGAAAGAAAACAGUAUAAGUUUCCUAAAGGAUUGUAUCAAGUAAAGAUGUUUGCUCUACGGUAGCAUAUAGAUAAUAAAAUUUAGCUAAUUAUUGUUUUAA